UUUGCGCGUCCGGGCGGCCCCGACGCCGCUGUGCCGCUUGUGUUGCAGGGCGCCCGGUCCGUGCCCGUCGUCCCCGCGGGCCCCAUGAGUCCGAGUCAUGACGGACGCCCAGUAUGUCCUGUGCCGAUGGGAAGAGCGGCUGUGGCCGGCCCAGGUGCUGGCCAGAACGGAGACGUCCACGGGACGUAAGAGGAAAAAGGAAUUUUUCCUGAGUGUUCAAAUACUCUCCCUAGAUGAAAAGAUUGAGGUGAGGAGCACAGACGUGGAAACCCUAAAGACGGCCCACAUUGAACGGAUAGCCUCCUCCCUGGCCUCCCAGGAUGAGGUUCCCGCCGAGCCCCUGGAGGAGCUGGCCUACAGACGCUCGCUUCGAGUGGCUCUGGACGUUCUCAACCAGAGAGCCGCGUCGCCUGGAGAGAGCUCUUCGAGGGAAGGAAGAGCGGCUCUGUCCUCUGGAGGGAAGUCUGCGGACCUGGCCUCCUUGCUCUGUGACCCCGGCUCUUCCGGUCUCCAGGAAGCCGUGCCGAGCAGUUCUGGACUUGAGAGGCGGGAACGCGUACACCCAAGGCUGGCGGCUUCACCCGCUUGUGGGAAGGACUCCAGGCGCCAAGUGGCCCACAAGGAGGAGCUCGGGAAAAGUGAGAGCCUGCGAGCCGUGGCGGCCUCCUCGGCCAGAGCCGCCUCUCGGGACGGCAGUGGAUGGAGAGCGCGCUGCAGACGGCGGACAGCCCCGAGGCCAAGGGGGAGGAAGUUAGCACAGCAGCCUCGCCUGGGUGAGAGAGCACUUGCGCUCUCGGAGGGAGAUGGUGGAAAAGAGAGCAGCCCGCCAGCCCCCGGCUCAGCUCCCAGCGUCAGGGAGGCGGGUCUGUGGGCCAAAGGGCGAGACCUGGGUUUGCCCCUGCACGGCACUGAUGGGCUCCCGACCCUGGGGCGCCCCACCAAGCGGCUGUGCCCAGACGGCAGCCAGACGCUGCCCGCCCCACAGCUGGAGCCGGGGGCAGUGCCCAGGCAGGGGCCCAGGGGCUGCACGAGUCUGCGCAGCGCUGGUGAACUCAGCCAGCCGCUCCCCCGUGCUGCUGCGGAGCCGCCGAGGGAUCUUCACAUCCUGGUGGAGGAAGACCGUCAGUCUUCUGGAGAGUCCGUGGAGUUCAAUCCCAUUCAUUCCGUCCUGGAGGAAGAUGAGGACGACGAGGAGCCGCCCAGAAUCCUCUUUUACCACGAGCCACGCUCGUUUGAAGUGGGAAUGCUAGUCUGGCUGAAGCACCAGAAGUACCCCUUCUGGCCGGCAGUGGUCAAGAGCGUCCGGCGAAGAGAGAAGAAAGCCAGUGUGCUCUUUAUCGAGGGACACAUGGACCCAAAAGGGAGAGGUAUCACGGUGUCUCUCAGGAGAUUGAAGCACUUCGACUGCAAAGAGAAACAGGCUCUUCUGAACGAGGCCAAGGAGGACUUCGACCAGGCCAUCGGCUGGUGCGUCUCCCUGAUCACGGACUACAGGGUCCGGCUCGGCUGCGGCUCCUUCGCCGGCUCCUUCCUGGAGUACUACGCUGCGGACAUAAGUUAUCCUGUCCGCAAGUCCAUCCAGCAGGACGUCUUGGGGACCAGGUUCCCGCAGCUGAGCAAGGGGGACCCCGAGGAGCCUGUGGCGGGAAGCCCCCAGGGGAGGAGGCAGCCCUCUAGGAAGGUCCUCCCCGACCGGUCCCGGGCUGCCCGGGACCGGGCCAACCAGAAGCUGGUGGAGUACAUCGUGAAAGCCAGGGGCGCCGAGGGCCACCUGCGGGCCAUCCUGAAGAACCGGAAGCCGUCCCGGUGGCUGAAGACGUUCCUGACGUCGGGUCAGUACGUGACGUGUGUGGAGACGUACCUGGAGGACGAGCAGCAGCUGGACGUGGUGGUGAAGUACCUGCAGGGCCUGUACCAGGAGGCGGGUGGCCGGGUACCGGCGCGGGCCAGCAGUGACAGGAUCCGCUUCAUCCUGGACGUUCUUCUGCCGGAAGUGAGUGCGCGGCGGGGCUGUGGCGUGGGGCCAGCUGGGGGUCGGCGGCCGGAGCCGUGGGGGCCGGGAUCGGCGCUGGGCUGGCGUCCUCCUGAAGUCGGCCCGGGAGGCCACGGCCACGCCGAGUGUGGUGCCCACCCCGGCCGUUCCAUGGGCAGGAGGACAGGGCCCGGCUGUGUAGACGCCGUGGCCAGUGCUAGGGGACGAGAGGCGCACGCUGCGUCCCCGUGUGCACGCGGACGCGUUUCCGCAGACGCUGCUGCUAUGGAAAGGGAGCCGCGGUUCUCCCGCACGUGCCCGCCGGCGUUCGGCUGGGUAGCAGCACACCUGGCACUCCCCUGGUGGUUUUGGGGCUUUUUUGUUUUCUUUUCUCCCCCUGGUGGUUUUGAGGGUCAGAGGGGGGCUCUGCUGGGCACUGGGAGCGUGUGUGGGGAAAGUUACCCGUCACCUUCGUAACUCAAAGCUUUCGAAUACGUGCGGGGGGAAGCCUGCUGGGGCCGGGAGCCUGUGUGCCACCCCAGUUGCAAGAGUGGCCUCACUCCGCUCGUAGCUCCAGCCGCCGCCCCGUCCUCGUCUUUCUUAUGUCUGAGUCCUCUGGUGUGCGUCUUGAAGGGAUGGUUCUGCCCCAGGUACACUGGGUCCUGUGUGGGGACGGCUGAGGUUCUCACUGGGUCGGGGGCAAGAUGCUGCUGCACCCCACGGUGCUUGGGACACCCCGCCCGGGAGUGACCUGCCCUGUGUCAGCAGUGCCCAGAGCGGACGGGGUGCCGUGUCCUAGAUCAGAAUGGCUCGGUUUGAUUUUUAAGAUUUUAUUCUUAAGUGACCUAUAUGCUCCACGUGGGGCCAGAGCCCCCGACCCUGGGACCGAGAGUCACAGGCUCUCCCAACUGAGCCGCCACACGCCCCACGAACGCUUCGUGGAGGGCCUGGGGGCUCAGUCAUGGGGCAUC